AUGAGUUGGCAGCCUGCCCAGGAAGGCCUCAACGAGGUCUUGAAGAUGCUUCGGGACUCGAUGAGCGCCGACACCGCCACCCAGAGGGCCGUCACCACUCGUCUUGAAGAACUUCGUCAUGUUCCCGACUUCCUCGCCUACCUCUCGCACGUCCUUGUCCACGCCACCAACGAGGAUGCUGGCCACCGUGUCAUCGCUGGUCUUCUUCUGAAAAACGCUCUGAUCCAGCGUCAUGGACCGGCGUCGACUGAGGCCGACGCCCGCGCCAUGGCCUACGUUAAGAGCACGGUCUUGCUCGGACUGGGAGAGUCCAACGAGAAGGUCCGACACACUGCCGGUACCACCAUCAUGGCCAUCUUGUACAACGAGGAGACUGGUGCUUGGCCCGAGGCCCUCGACGCUCUUACGAAGGGCAUGGGCUCGCAGGAUGCCAACCUUGUUGACGGUGUUUUCAACACUUUCCAAAAGCUCUCUGAGGACUGCCCUCAUCGUCUGGACAUGACUGUUUCGGGCGCGAACCUCCUUGACCACCUCGUUCCCCAGUUCAUCGCCUUUGCCGGCCACUCCGACCCCAAGAUCCGUCUGUACGCUCUCGAGACCCUGCAGUCGCUGUCUGCCCUCCGGAUACCCUCCAUUAACGCCAACAUUGAUGCCUACCUGCAGUCUCUCUUCCAGCGUGCCUCUGACCCGUCCGCGGACAUUCGCCGCACCGUUUGUGCCGCGCUUGGUCUCAUCCUCGGCAGCCGUCCCGACAAGCUUGUCCCGGAGAUGAAGAACGUCGUCGACUACAUUGCUUACUGCACGACCGACUCGGACGAGACUGUUGCCCUGGAGGCUUGCGAGUUCUGGCUCACGUUCGCUGAGGACCCCAAUCUCAAGGAGCAGCUCCGCCCCUACCUCGGCAAGGUUGCCCCUCUCCUGCUCGAGGGCAUGAAGUACUCGGAUAUCGACCUUCUGUACUUGGACAACGACGAGGAGGACGAGGCGGUUCCCGACAAGGAGACCGACAUCAAGCCCCGUGCUUACGGCGGCAAGUCCCACGGUGCCCACGAGACCAACGAGGCUUCCGCUUCGAGCGGUGGUGCCGGCAAGUCGCGUGAGGCUGCUGACCGUGCCCUCGACGAUGACGAUGAGGAUGAUGAUGAUGACUUUGAUGACGACGACGAGGACGGAGCUGCCGAGUGGAACAUUCGCAAGUGUUCCGCGGCUGCUCUCGACGUCAUGGCCGUCUCCUUUGGCAACGACCUCCUCGAGAUCCUCUUACCCUACCUGAAGGAGCGUCUGUUCCACGACGACUGGCGCUACAGGGAGUCUGGUAUCCUCGCGCUCGGUGCGAUCGCCGAGGGCUGCAUUAACGGUCUCGAGCCCCACCUGUCGCAGCUUGUGCCCUGGCUCAUCACCGCCCUCAAGGACAAGAAGGCUCUCGUCCGCUCGAUCACCUGCUGGACUCUUGGCCGUUACUCCGCCUGGAUUGUCGCUGUUUCCGCCCAGGACAAGCAGACCUUCUUCAUCCCGACCAUGGAGGGUCUCCUGCAGAUGGUUCUCGACUCGAACAAGCGUGUCCAGGAGGCUGGAUGCUCCGCCUUCGCGACCCUCGAGGAGGAGGCCGGUGGCGAGCUCGUCCCCUUCCUCGAGCCCAUCCUGCGCAACCUCACUUACGCGUUCAGCAAGUACCAGCAGAAGAACCUCCUUAUCCUCUACGACGCCAUGGGAACGCUUGCCGACUCGGUCAUGGGCGCUCUCGGCACUCCCCAGUACAUGGAGAUCCUCAUGCCCCCUCUCAUCGAGAAGUGGAUGUCGCUCAGCGACUCGGACCCUGACCUCGUGCCGCUCCUUGAGUGUCUCUCGUCGGUCACGCUCGCCGCCGGCAAAGCGUUCGGCCCGUACGCCCAGCCCGUCUACCAGCGCUGCAUUUCGAUCAUUCACCAGUCGCUCAUGCAGUGGGACGCCUUCACUGCCAGCCCCGACACUAUCGAUGAGCCCGACCGCACCUUCAUCGUCGUCGCCCUCGACCUCCUGUCGGGUCUUGCCCAGGGUCUCGCGGACGAGAUGCCCUCUCUCAUUGCCAGCGCCGAGCCUCCUCUUCUCCAGCUCGUGGCGAUGUGCCUGAACCACUUUGAGCCUCCCGUCCGCCAGUCGGCCCACGCCCUCCUCGGUGACAUGGCCAUGACUUGCUUCCCCCUGCUUCGCCCCCACGUGCCCCAGCUCAUGCCCGCUAUCAUCGAGCAAAUCACGCCGGAGCCGCCUACCGAGUGCAUCUCGGUGUGCAACAACGCCGCCUGGGCUGCGGGUGAGAUUGCGAUCCAGUACAAGGGUGACGCUUCUCCGAUCGAGCCUUUCGUCGACGACCUCAUCAAGCGCCUCAUCCCUAUUCUGCUCAACAGCAAGUCGCCCAAGUCGCUCUCUGAGAAUGCCGCCGUUACCAUUGGUCGUCUCGGACUCGUCUGCCCGAGCCUCGUCGCCCCGCACCUCGGCACCUUUGCUCAGGCGUGGUGCAUCGCCCUGUGGGAGAUCAAGGACAACGACGAGAAGGACUCUGCGUUCCGCGGCUUCUGCAUGCUCAUCGGUGCCAACCCGCAGGGUCUCGAAUCGAGCUUUGUCUGGUUCUGCAACGCCGUGUGCAAGUGGCAGCACCCGUCGCGCGAGCUGGACAACAUGUUCCGCCAGAUUCUGCAGGCGUUCAAGGCUCAGCUGGGAGACGAGGGCUGGAAUGCGCAAGUCGCUGCGUUCCCGUCCGUCAUCCGAGACCGCCUUCGUGAGCGUUACCAGGUGUAA